UCAUAAGUCUCUGCAUCCGCUCUUUUCGCCAUCUCUCCCCUCUCUUUUCUCCAUUCGUCUUCCCUUUUUUGGGAUCCUUUUCGAUCCCUAAUCCUCUUUCUCUGUAAAAUUACGCCAAUCAAAUUCUCUCGGUUCUUCAGAUCCUAAUCAAAUCUGGUCUUAAUUUGGAUCCCAAUAGUUUCUCGGGGCUUAGAUCUCUGGUAUCUGCCAUCUGCGUUGGAAUCUGCUCUCCAACUUGGCGAUUUUAGGGUUUUCCUGGAUUCUGCAGAGAGGUAUGACCUUAGUACCUGCAAAGAUCUAUAGCUGAGGUAAAGGGAAAAAGACGACAAGGUAAGCUAUUGGAAAAUGGCUAACACCGCAAAAAAUCUGGAGCCUGCUUUUCAGGGAGCUGGUCAAAGAGUUGGGUUGGAGAUUUGGCGCAUUGAGAAUUUUCAACCAGUUGCGUUACCAAAAGCUGAUUAUGGUAAAUUCUAUUCAGGGGAUUCUUACAUUGUUUUACAGACAAGUGCUGGUAGGGGAGGUGCGUACCUCUAUGACAUUCAUUUCUGGCUGGGAAAAGAGACUAGCCAAGAUGAAGCUGGUGCUGCUGCCAUCAAGAGAAGUCAUGAAUCUGACAAGUUCUUGUCUUACUUCAAACCAUGCAUCAUCCCUUUAGAAGGUGGUGUUGCUUCUGGAUUCAAGAAGCCUGAAGAGGAAACAUUUGAAACCCGCCUGUAUACUUGCAAGGGAAAGCGAGUAGUUAGAUUGAAACAGGUUCCUUUUGCUCGCUCUUCUCUUAAUCACGAUGAUGUUUUUAUCUUGGACACUGAAAAUAAGAUAUAUCAAUUCAAUGGUUCCAACUCCAAUAUCCAAGAAAGAGCCAAAGCUUUAGAAGUUGUACAAUAUUUGAAAGAUAAGUACCAUGAUGGGACAUGUGAUGUUGCAAUUAUUGAUGAUGGAAAGCUUGAGGCAGAGUCUGGCUCAGGGGAAUUUUGGGUCCUUUUUGGUGGCUUUGCACCAAUUGGUAGAAAGACUGUUUCUGAAGAUGACAUCCCAUUGGAGGCUACUCCAGCAAAGCUUUAUAGUAUCAACGAAGGUGAGUUGAAGUUGGAAGAUGGCCCGUUGACUAAAGCUAUGCUGGAAAAUAGUAAAUGCUAUUUAUUGGAUUGUGGAGCUGAAAUUUUUGUUUGGGUUGGUCGGAUAACCCAAGUUGAUGACAGAAAAUCCGCAUGCAAAACUGCUGAGGAUCUUAUUGCUAAUGAGAAUAGACCAAAGACUACCCGCAUUACUCGAGUUAUUCAAGGAUUUGAGACACAUUCAUUCAAAUCCAACUUUGAAUCUUGGCCUGCAAGUUCUGGAACAGCGACAAACGGUGGAGAUGAGGGAAGAGGGAAAGUAGCAGCUUUAUUGAAGCAGCAAGGGGUUGAUCUAAAGGGAACUACAAAAAGUGCUCCUGCUAAUGAGGAAGUUCCUCCUUUGCUUGAAGGAGGUGGAAAGCUUGAGGUCUGGCGCAUUAAUGGAAGCGCCAAAAGUCCAGUUCUUCCGGAAGAUAUUGGCAAAUUCUACAGUGGAGAUUGUUAUAUUGUUCUUUAUACAUAUCCUUCGGGUGACAGGAAAGAUGAUUACUUCUUAUCCUGUUGGAUGGGGAAGGAUAGUAUCCAGGAUGAUCAAAUAAUGGCUACUCGGCUAGCUAAUACAAUGUGCACCUCUCUGAAAGGAAGGCCUGUUUUGGGUCGCAUUUUGCAAGGAAAAGAGCCACCACAGUUUAUUGCACUUUUCCAGCCCAUGGUUGUCUUGAAGGGUGGCCUUAGCUCUGGUUACAAAAAGUACAUAGCUGAAAAUAAUCUGAAUGAUGAUACAUACACUUCUGACGGCAUUGCACUAUUUCGUGUCUCUGGUACAUCUGUCCACAAUAACAAAACAAUUCAAGUUGAUGCGGUGGCAACAUCCUUAUGCUCUGCAGACUGUUUCCUGUUGCAAUCUGGGAGUACAAUGUUCAACUGGCAUGGAAGUUCCAGCACUUUUGAGCAGCAGCAGUGGGCUGCAAAACUUGCUGAACUUCUAAAACCUGGGGUUACACUGAAGCAUGCAAAGGAAGGAACUGAGAGCUCUGCAUUUUGGUUUGCUCUUGGUGGUAAGCAGAGUUUUACCACCAAAAAGGUUGUGCAAGAUAUUGUUCGAGAUCCUCACCUGUACAGCUACUCCUUCAACAAAGGGAAACUAGAGGUAUCUGAGAUUUUCAACUUCUCUCAAGAGGAUCUGUUGACUGAAGAUAUAUUACUUCUUGACACUCAUUCAGAGGUUUUUGUUUGGGUUGGUCAUUCUGUGGGUUCCAAAGAAAAGCAAGAGGCUCUGAAUAUUGGCCAGAAAUACAUAGAGCUUGCAGCUGCUCUGGAAGGGCUACCUGCUGAUGUGCCGCUUUAUAAAGUCACGGAAGGGAAUGAACCAUGUUUCUUCACAACAUACUUCUCCUGGGAUGGAACAAAGGCAGCUGUCAAAGGAAAUUCCUUUCAGAAGAAGCUCUCUCAGUUAUUUGGUUCAGCCAUGAAUGCAGCAGAGUCAAACGACAAAUCAAACAACUCACCCCAAGGUGGACCCAGACAACGGGCAGAAGCUUUAGCAGCUUUAACUUCUGCAUUCAAUCCAUCGAGCAAUCCUAGAAGCAAGUCUUAUGGGUCAACUCAAGGUAGUUACACUCAAAGGGCAGAAGCAUUGGCAGCCUUAUCCUCUGCUUUUAAUCCUUCAGCUAAAGAAAAAGCUGCAGCACCAAAGCCAACUCGAUCAUCAGGGGGGUCACAGAGAGCUGCUGCAGUUGCUGCAUUGUCUACUGUCUUGACAGCUGAACAAAGGAGAGAACAAUCUGAAGCUGCCAAAGGUCGUUUAAGCCGUGGCUCUUCCCUAGAUGCACCAAAUGCCGAUGAGGCAAGCAGCGAGACUACAAGCCCCUUACUUGGCGAUGUUGAAGAAAGUCCUGUAACAGGGGAUCCCCUUGAAAUUUCAGUGGAUGAAGGCACAGGAGAGGAGGGAUCCAUCUCUUAUAAUAACGGUGCUGAAAAUGAGGAGAACGAUGAUUCACAAACUGCAGAUGAGGGACAGAUAUUCAGUUACGAACGUUUAAGAGCCAAAUCGCGCAACCCUGUGAGAGGAAUUGAUUACAAACGAAGAGAGACUUACCUUUCUGAUGCUGAGUUCGAGACUGUUUUCGGGUUAACUAAAGACGCGUUUUAUCAACAACCCAAAUGGAAGCAGGACAUGCAGAAAAGAAAGCUGGAUCUCUUUUGAUUGGAGGCAGUUCAGAUUUUGGAAUGAUUUAUAGAAGUUUGUAUUCUUAUUACUUUGUCGGCUCCUCCUUGGUGUUUUUUUUUUGUUGUUGUUUGGAAUGCUGGUGAUUCAUGUUCAUCUGCUGCCUCCGGUGGUUUCUCCAAAAUAUGGUGUAGGUUAUUCUUUUAUUUGUGACUAGCAUUUGCUGGUGUGGGUUUGUUCACUAGAGUGAUUCCUUUUGCAUGUAUCUCUUCUUUGUGAAAUCAUAUGUUUUAUUGUGUAUUAAAUGAAUAAAGGAGUGUUUAAUUAUUCUGCCUU